CGCUUGCCAUAAGCUGCUUCGACCCAGUCCCUGGGGAAACUCUGUCAUCCGUCGUUGCCGAUCCGAUCUCCACCCCUUCCACAUGUGUUUUGGCGUUUGCCCCGUCUUAGUGAUGCUGACGAUAGCAACCCAGCCUCGCAUCGAGACGUUCCCCCUUGCGCGUAACCGUGCUGUGCUUCCGUCGGAAUUACGCUCUUCCCAACUCUACACCUUGGUACGAAACCCUCCCAGUCACCAGCACGAAUCAGUAAUCCCGGUCAGAAGGAAAAAAGAAAAAAAGGGAUGGGCUUGGGAUGCCAAGGAGGUGAUGGAUAUGCCAGGUUCAGCAGAUCCCGUAGGCUUUUUACAGGUCACCGAGGGUCGGGAGAGGGCCAAGAGACAAACGCUUUACACGCCUGUCUGCGGACUCCGUCUCCGUCAGAUCGCUCCACACAUUGCGUGGCCGCGUAUCGCUUCAAGCUUUGUAGAUUCACAAGUUUGGCCACCUACCGCGGAAACCUUAGUUUUUGGUUCAUCCCACACCCGCCUCGGGCCCCUUUUCUCCUUCAUCUUUUACCCCCCUCCUGGUCUGUGGAUGUGGGGAGGGUUUUGAGUUUUUCUUUCUUGCGACGAAGCGAAACUUGAGAUGGAGUGACAAGAAGGCAAGGGAGGUGUUGGCAUGCGAGAUGGCGACCAAGGGGGGAAGAGAGUUUGAUAUUGGACGUUCAGUUGGAAGUUCAGCGCGGCUGCUGAGGACCGAGCAGUACAGAGAGGCAAGGGUCAUGAAAUAGGCAAACGCCACAUUUGCCUCCGCUCGAACUAGGUC